AUGAAAAUUAAAAAAUUGAAAAUCCGUUGGUAAAUGUGACUGUGGAGCGAAUAGCAAUUUUUCUAUAAAUAUUUAAUUUAAGCGUUGGAACAAUGUUUACUAAGCAUAUUGUCGAUAUAUUCUAUUGAAAAAAGCUAUUAGUUUUAAGAAUCAUGAGUGACAAUAUAAAAGUAGUUGUAAAAGUUCGGCCUUUGAUUCGACGCGAAAUAGAAGACAAGCUCUUACUUCAAUGGCGCGUAAAUAAUAACGCUCUUAUUCAGCUAGAUCAGAAUGGCAGGGACUGUGGGCCUAUUUUUACUUUUGAUAAAGUGUAUGAUGAGAGCACAAAAACUGAUGAUGUGUACAAUGAUAUUGCCAAACCAAUUGUUAAGGCUGCAACUGACGGCUUCAAUGGCACAAUCUUUGCAUACGGUCAAACUUCAUCUGGAAAGACCUACACCAUGACCGGAACAGAUGACUCCCCUGGUAUCAUUCCGCUGGCUGUAGUAAAUUUAUUUGAUAUCAUUAAAAGUGUACCUGACCGAGAUUUUUUAGUAAGAGUAUCAUACGUCGAAAUAUACAAUGAAAGACUUAUAGACUUGUUAGACCUUAAUAAAACAUUAAAAAUUCAUGACACAUUUAACCAAGGUGUAAAAGUUGAUGCGACAGAAAGAUUAGCCACCUCCCCUGAAGAAGUUCUUGAAGUAAUGAAAGAGGGUAAGGCAAACAGACAGACUGGCGCUACAAACAUGAAUGAAGAAAGCAGCAGGUCCCAUUCUAUAUUUCAAAUUACCAUUGAAUCUCGAGAGCACAUAGAAGGCGAAGAAGAAGUAGGUUCAGUGAAUGUGUCACAACUGAAUCUCGUGGACUUGGCAGGCUCGGAGCGAUCAGGCCAAACGGGAGCUAAGGGCCUGCGUUUUAAGGAGGGCACCCACAUCAACAAAUCCUUGUCAGUCUUAGCACUAGUCAUCAAGCAGCUCUCCGAAGAUCCUAACAAACAUGCAAACUACCGCGACAGUAAAUUGACGCGUAUUCUGCAAAAUUCCCUCGGAGGCAACGCCAAGACAAGUAUCAUAUGUGCCGUGACUCCUGCCGCCAUAGAGGAGACAAUAUCAACACUACAAUUUGCCAACAGAGCGAAGUCUAUCAAAAACACUCCAGCAGUGAACGCUGUAGCGACCAACGCUACGAUGAUCCAAUCGCUCACCAAACAGCUGUCGGCGCUCAAAACUCAGUUGGAGAGCAAGAAAAAUGUUGAGAAAGACAACUUCAAACUGCAAAAGAAGAUAGGGGGUCUCCAGAAACUGAUACUGAACGGGUUCGGUACUAGCGACCCCGACGUGAUCGGCGGCGCGCGACGCAAGCUGAAGAACCCGCGGCGGGUUACCAUUUCCACGCUGCACGCCAUACAGGAGGACGCGGGGCCGCCUGCGCCCAGGUUCUGCACGCCUAGUCUCAAAUACAAUCCUCUGUCACUAAACAUCUUGCCUGACUUCGCGCCGAUACACGGCUCUACGAUAUUGCCGACUGUAGCCGAGGAGCGACUCGUCACUCCGCCGCCCUAUAACAAGAAGGUCACAAUCAGCGAUGAAAUCAUUGAACUUGAUAGCGAUAGUGACUCGUCAAUAGAUGCACAAACGUGUUCGCCAAUCCAUCAGUGCCAUGAUUCAAAAACUCCGCCUUGUAUAUUAAGAAAGAACGCGAAAUUAGCCGAGAGGAAUUUGAAAGACAUUGUAGAAUUUACAGAGAGAGAGAAACUCUACGCACCGAAUGUCGUUGAAUUAAUGGAAAAGUUGGAGAGGAAAUCAUUAAAAAUUUCUAAUUUGCAAGACAAUAUAAAUGAACUCUCAAAAAUUAGUCAAGAAAAGGAUAAAGAAAUGGAACAAUUAAAAAAAAGAAUAAGUGAAGCAGAGAUAGAAAUACAAAAUAUCGCCUCUGCCAAGUCUAGUUUAGAAACAGCGUGUGAAAACUAUUCAACGAAACUAACGGACUGGGAAGUAAGUUACGAAACAUUACAAAAAAAAGCCAAGAGUAGAGAAGAAGAACUACUUUCUCUCUUAAAAGAACAUGAAGCUAAAAAGAUACAUGAAAAAAUAGGUAAAAUAUCUUCAAAGGCCAUAGGAAAAGAUCUAGUACAUCUGAUGGAUAUGUCUAGAGACAUAUCUUUAGUCAAUAGUGAUAAUGAAAACAGUAUUAUAAAUGAGGAAUCUGAUGUAAAUUCUAUCAUCAAAAAUCAAUCUGUUUUGCAAUUAGAAGCUAAUUUACAUGCACAAAAUAUUAAAAUAAAUACUUUAGAAAAUAUUAAUAAGAAAUUACAGGAUAUGAUUUCUGAUUUUAAAGAAAAAGUUACAUACCUGGAGAACCAAAAUAAGUUAAACGAGUUGACCAUAAACAAUUUAAAUAGGACCAUUGAAAGUCAGAAAUCAGUCACUGAAAUGGCAAAAGCUGACAUUGAAUCGUACAAUGAUAGUAUUAAUAAAAUAAAUGAAAGUGACAUAGAAACUAUGAUAGCAAAUGAAGAGCUGUUUAUUGCUAGCAAUGAAAACAUGAAAAAUAUUAUACAUAGUCUCAAGUCAGCCUUGGAUCUACGUAACGAGGAGAUAAAAAAAUUAAAAUCAUCACUUUACGAGGAAACUAUUCAUAAUAAUAAAUCUUUAGAAAAAGACAUUGAAAGUAAGAAAACUGAAAUUUCUAUGCUAAUUAAAGAAAUUGAAACAUUGAAAGAAGAUAACAUUACUGAAGUCAAUAAUUUUAUAGUAACUAAAAAUAAUUUUUUGAAUGUAGAACAACAACUUAAAACACAGCUAACGGAAGUUCAAAAGCUUAAAGAUAUAGAAAUAGAUAAACUUUCAAAUAAUGUAGCAAAUUUAACAAGAUGUAAAGAGGAUUUAACUUCCGAAUUGAUGAAAAAACAACAAGAUAAGGAAAAUCUUGAAAUUAAAGUAGACAAUUUAUCCCAAGAAAUUCUUACUCUAAAAAAGCAUAAUAAAACUAAAGAUAAUAUAAUUACUGAAAUGAAAAAUGAAGAGAAAGCCGCACAAGAAAAUUUUGCAAGAGUCUCUGUACAGUUACAAAAUUUAAUAAGAUUACUCUCCGGAAAAAUAUUAGAAGUUCCGGAAAUUAUUGACAGUUUAGUAUCCGCUUUUGGAACAUUAACCGAAAAUUUAACAUCAUUAGAAAUUAUUGCCUUGGAUAUAGUAAAAGAAAAAAACGAUUUACGUGCUCUAGUUGAUAACCAUCAAACCAUUAUUAUGAAAUUAACAUCUCAAAUUGAUGACCUUAACAAUACCAUAGAUGUAUUUUAUAAGGAUGGCGAAUGCUUAAAUAAUAUAAUCGUUUCCAAUCAUAGUGAAACUAACAACGAGGAUACACAUCGAGAUGUAAAAUUAAAUAUGGAUAAUCUUGUGAAUAAAAUAAAAGUAACCCUAGAGUAUCUUAAUAACAAUUUACAAAACAAAGCCUUGGAAUUAAAUAAUCUAAAAAUAGAAUUUGAAUCUAAGCUGACAUCAACAAAUACUAAUAAUUUACAACAAAUUCAUGAAAUCACGAAAAACCGUAAUUUAGUACUCACAACUGUAAUAGAAAAAGUUACUGCUUUAGCUUCACAACUUGACAUGGAAACUAGUUUAUUAAGUGAGUUUAAAAACAAUAUUGAAAACGUGUCAUGUGAACAAAUAGCUUUGAUUUUUGAUUAUAUUGCUGAUAAUAUACUAUCAUUAAAUUCACAAUAUACCAUGGAACGCGACAAUAUUCGGGAAAUAUUGACUGAUGCAAAGAAAGAAAUUCACAAACUCACCGAAGAAAACAGUAACUUGUUACUAGACAUCUCUAAUUUAGAAAAAUGCAACUUUGAUCUAUCUGAGGAAAUAAAGAAUAUUCAAAAUGACGGUAAAGUAUUGUCACAAAAUUUAAACACAAGUAAUACGAUUUUGACCGAAUUACGAAAUGAUUUAAUAUCAAAGACUAAUGAAAUUGAAAUCAUAGAAAACAAAGCUAAAGAAUGGAAGGAAAAAUUCAGAGAGAACGAACUAACCAUGAUAAAUCAAAUAAAAACUCUAGAACUAGAAAAAUCGGAACUCAAAACAAAAUGCUUAGAGUUACAGAUGCAAUCCAUUCCAAUCACACAAAGUAAUUUUGUAAAUAGGAAUCAAAUGAAUAUUUCAAAACGUCUAUUAACUUCUCCUCCUAGCCUUUUAACAAUUUGUUGCGAUAUUCUGUCGCAACAAAUUAUUGGUUAUAUUCAAGUUGAAAACGAUAAUUUAGAAAGUUCCUCGAGUACUAGUACAGAUUUAAAAUAUAUUUGUCAAUGCACAAAGUUGUCGGCAGAUUUAACUUUGUUACAUGCAGAAAAUAGUAAUCUGAGAAGCCGAAUUCAAGAGUUAGAAAUUGCAAACAAUUAUCUUCUUAAAGAUCAAAACGAGGUCCAAAAAGAGGUACAGUUACUUUUAGAAAAUACACAAGAAUUACAAAAAAAAGUAGUCAACCAUCGCACUAACUUGUCCACAUUAACCGCAACUACAUACGCAGAGAAUAAGUCUUUAACAUCUCAAAUAAAGUUCUUGCAACAUCUCCACAAUCGAUUUCAUAAUGUAUGUCAAAAAGAUUUACCAGCCUUUAAAAAUCAAUUACAAAAUUUGAUGAUAUUACUGAAAUCAGAAAAUAUACACAAACAAAACGAAAGUUUCAAACGAUAUUCCUUACCUAACACACUAGAUAUUACUUCUAAAUUCAAAAACGAGUCUAUUUUAGAUGGUGAUCUUUUAAUGUUAGACACCAAUAUCACAUUAACAACUUGUGAUAACACUUUGGUUGGUAAUGAUCAAACAUGCUUAGAUGUUACUCAAAUGUAUGCUUGUAGUGAGGUAGCCUGUCAAACUAGCUUACUCGUAAAUGACAUAACCAAACACGAUUUGUUACAUUCUCAGAUGGAAAUGCAACCUUUUGAAUAUAAAAAAAUAUACGAAUCAUUAGAAUCCCUUCAAUAUGAAAAUAGUAAAUUGCGUGACCUUGUGGAUGAAUAUGCUUUAAAUAAAAAAUCUAAUGUUCCUACGACUGAUACAAUUAGUAGUCCUUUUAAAAUACAAAGUGAAGUAGUUUUUAACCAAAAUGGUAUUGAUGUAUGUUAUAAAUGUAACCAUGAAGAAGACAUUCGUACAAUCUUAGAAAAUCAUAGAAAAGAAAUUGAUUUAAAGAUGAGAAUUAUAAAAGAACUUGAAUCUCAAAAACAAGAUAUUGAACAAAAAUACCGUGAUCUAGCUUUAGAAUUACCGUCGACUGAAGUUCUUGUACAAAAAUUAAGUAUUUUAGAAAAGGAAUCCUUUACUAAACAAAAUGAAAUAACGACGAUUUCACAGACUUUAAUAACCAAAAACAACGAAUUAAAGCUUUUACAAGAGGAAAAUGAUUGUUUAUCUAAUCAGGUAUUUGAAAGUAUUUCUGAAUUAGAUGAUCUUAAAAAAGAUUAUGAUUCCCUUAAAGAAAUUAAUUCUAAACUUACCGAAAACUUAUUAUUAUUAGAGACAAAAAUAGCAGACUUUAAUCAUACUGAGAAAGAAAUUACAUGCACUCAGUGCAAAUUAAAAAAUGAAGUUAUAUUAAAUUUAGAAAAUAAGUUGGCAUCAGAGUCGCAUAUAAAAUUAAAUCGCAGUUAUAGCGAUUCCGACAGUUCCUCACGAUGUAACAAAAUAUGCAGUUUACAAAAUGAAUUGCAUGCUGGUAAAGAAGAUUGUAUAGAAUUAAAAGAAGAAGUUACUACUAUAAAGAACCAUUUAGAUCGUAGCAACCUAACUAUUGGUCAUAUGGACUUGGAUGAUAAUAUCGAAAAUUCUCACAUGUAUUCCUAUGAUGAUUUCGAAAGUAUAAGUCCACAAGAUAUUAAAUGCAAUAUGCCAGAUAUUACGGGCGAAGCUUUGGCAACGUUUACCAUUGAUAAAGAAAAGUGUCUUGUUUAUUAUGCUGAAAUAACGGGAGCUGAUAAAGAAAGUAUUGCUUGUGAUAUAAAAGUAAUAGAUAUCAUGAAACUAUUAUAUGAUUAUAUAGAAAUUAAACACGCUAAUGAAGUCGAGAAUUUAACGAAUAAAUUAAAAGACUUUGAAAAUUCAAAGCAUACUUUGCAAAUUACUAUUGAUGAAUUAAAAACGAAAAAUUCAAGUAUUGCAAAAGAAUUACAAGAAAAAAAUAUCUACUUACAAACCAUGGCCAAUGUAGUUUCCCAUGUGAGAAGUAAUAUUUCUGAUUUGAGCGAUGGAAACGAAAUUGACAUCCUUAUUCAAUUUAAAGACAAUUUUUUGAAAGUAAUUGAUAGAGAAUUCGGACUUUCUGGUACAACGGUUUUUGAAAAUGCAGUACAACAACUGCAUCAAAACCAUGCUACUGAAAUGGAAAAAUUGAGAAAUGAUAACACUAAGUUAGACGAUGACAUUCAAGAAAUUCUUAAAAACACGCAGACCGUCAACGAGAACUAUGAAAUAUUAAAAACACAACUUGAUGAAAAAGAAAAGGAAUUUAAUUUAUUACAAAAGCAAAAAGAAAAAAUACAAGAUAUUAACGCAGCUGUCACCCUAGAUAUUGUUAAAAGAGAAGAAGAUCUUCGGAAGCAAAUUGAAAAAGGUUUUCUUGAACUUGUUAAUAGGAAUAUAAUAAAUGUAAAAAUGAAUUUCUCAUUGCCAACGAAUAAACUCAUAGAACUAUUAUUUGAGCAUGCGUUUAACAACACAAGCAAUGAGUCGUUGCAAAAGGAACUCACUGCUGAAAUAAAUAAGUUGAAAACUAUGUUAAUCGAAAAAGAAAAAGAUUUAUGCAAUAUUACCAGAGAUUGUACAGCAGUGAACGGACUAAAUUACAAAAUGCGGUUGGAACUAUCAAAAAAAGAAGAAGAUCUUAAAGUACAAAUUUCUCAAGUAGAAAGUUUAUCUACAAGCAAUCUAAAGAAAGAUGAAGUAAUUGUUACCAAUACCAAAUUAAUAAAUGAAUUAAGAGAGGAACUUACUGGAUUAAAAGCAACCUUAAUGACUAAAGAAACGGUAAUAUCGUCAUUAGAAACUAAACUCGAAGAUUACAAUAAAAAAAAUCUUGAUGAAAAUGAAUCCAAGAUUUCACAACUUCUCAAGUGUACGUCUGAAUUACGAAAUGAAAUUGAGAAAUUAAAAUAUAUCAACGAAAUUGUUGUAAAAGAAAAAGAAAAAUAUUCAAUUGAAUUGGAUAAAGCGGGUGAUGUAAUCAAACAGAAUAAGAUUGAUUUGGAUAAGAUGACAGAGGAUAUUUUGGUUUUAAAAGAUACUAUCAAGGAAAACUCAGCUACUACAGAAAAAAUGAGAAGGGAAUUUGAAACGUUGAGCCAGGCCAAAGAAAACUUGGCUGUGUUGAUUAACCAGUUACAAGAGCAAAUAAAAGAAAAAUCUCAAAAUUGUUCUCGUUUAGAAAUGAAUAUAAAAACACACGAAAAAACUGCAGAAAUUCAAAGCAGGAUGAUAAUAAGACUACAAAAACAGAAAGAAAUAGACGACAAAAUGUCCUGUGAAAAGGACUUGAAACUGGAGGAAGUGAUUCGCAAAUGCAAAUCGUUUGAGACUGAAUGUGAAAAGUUGUCCAAUGAUUUGAAAUCAUCAACAGAUGAAAUUGUGAAAUUGAAAAGUUCGAAUUUGUUGUUAGAGACUCGAGUAGCUGAAUUAGAGGAGGAAGUUCAGAUCGGCAAACGGCGCAUUUCACUGGAAGCGACGGCGGAGACGGCCAGGCGCCGGCGACAGAGUAUACACGACUCGAAGCGAAUGAUCGGUGACGACAGCGAAGAUCACUCCUCAUUGAAAUCUCAUCCGCUAACCCACGAUUCGUUGAUGGAUGUGGACGGAGGCAGUUCCAACAGAAGUACUCCAGCUAAAACAGUUCAAGGACGCGACAGUUUCAUUGCAAAGCAUGAUCAGGAGGAGGAGCUGUCCCGGUCUGGCAGCGUGACGGCAAUCCGCCGCCGCCGCCAGAGCGUGCACGACUUGCACCGGAGCGUGCAGCUCGCGCCCGACCGCGAUAACUCUCGUGAAUCUUCACGAAAUAAUAGCUUUGAAAGUGAAGUUACUCAACUGAAAAAGCAGUUAGCGUGCUGUCAGAAGGAACUGGAGGAGCUGAAGGAGAAGUAUCAAGAAUUGGACGAGGAGUGCGAGACUUGUGCACAGUACUUCCGCGAAAGGGACGAGCAGUGCUUGAAAUUGAAGAAGGAGAAGAAAGAAUUGGAGACAAAUUUAGCAGAAUUGCAAGCCAAGCUCAGCAGUGGUGUCAGUGCAGUGGGCAACCACGUGAGCAAACCCAGUUUUGCGCACGCAGCAGUCAAUACUGAUGAAGACUGGGCGAACCUGCACUCCGUCGUAGUGGACAGGAUGUCCUACGACGUGGAGGUGGAGAAAAACAGGAAAUUGAUGAAAACCAUCGAAGAGCUGCGCUUCAAGAAACAGGACCUUAAGUUGACUUUGGCCAAAAUGCAGAAGGCUUUGGACAAACAUUCCGGCAAAGACAGAGAGUUGGAGACGGCGCUGGCGUCGCUGGCGGCGUGCGAGCGCGAGCUGGCGCAGCUGCGGCAGCGCUGCCAGGAGCUGGACGAGGAGUGCGAGACGUGCGCCGCCUACCUGCGCGAGCGCGACGAGCAGUGCCGCGCGCUCAGAGAGGCCAAGGCUGCGCUCGAGGCGAAGCUGCUGGAGCGCGGCGAGGCGGAGGGUGCGUCAACGGGGCUGCGGCGGCGGCGGCAGGUGCUGCACGACCAGCGCCGGACGUCGGCCGCCACCAGCGACGUCGCCACCGACACUAGCGACGACUUACUAACAUACCAAGUGGAAAGAGACACUUCCAAACACGUGGCAGUGGACCAACAAGCGCUAGAAUUGAAACACCUCAAAAUGGCUUUGCAGAAGCUGUCCCAGCAGAAGAGCGAGCUGGAGCAGCAACUGUCUGCCGCGCCGCACUACGUGGCCACCGGCAGCGCCAUUGUGCAGAAUCAACAAAUCACUGACGUCAUAAAGGAGAACCAGAAACUGAAGAAAAUGAACGCAAAGUUGGUCACGAUCUGCAAGAAGCGCGGCAAAGCUCUCUCGGACUCCAACAGGGAGAACGAACAGCCCACAGACAAUAUAACAUAAAAUAUUUAUAUAUAUUUUUGUUAAGAUGUCAUAACCUGAUAUAAGGAUUUCAUUUAAGUUAAUUUCAAUUUCAUAAACAAUGACAGAAGCUGGACUUAGUGAUUUGAUUUUUUUUUUCUGAUUAUUUCUGAAUAUGUAUUUUUUUUUUUUCAAUAUCUAAAGCUAUUCUUUAAUGUGUUUUGAAAUGUACUUAAUUUGUUUUUUUAGGCUCUUUUCUUCCGUUACUUGUUAAAUUAUACGAAACUGUUACAGAGGGAGUGCAAAAGAUUUCUGUAUAAGUAUGCGUGAUAAUUUUGUUUGUGACAGACAUUCCAAGCGCAUUUAAUCAUUUCUAACGUUAAAACAAUUGGUGGAUAAUAAUUUGAAUGACGGGUAAUCGAUUUUUUUUCUUUUUGGUUAAUUAUUUUAUACGAAGACAUGCAGCGCAUGUUGAAUUGAGAAUUGAUUUUAGAGUGCAGAGUGAAAGGAAUCUCCUAAUUUAUAUGUAGAAUUAAACAAAAAAAUCAUUAUUUUUACACAUCUUACUUAAUAUCGCGACUUAAUAUCGCGUCUUUAACAUAAAUUAAUAAAUACCCACACUUCGCUACAUAAAAUUGUAUAAUUUUAAUAUUUACUAAAAAACUGGUAAUCUGUUAUAAUAUAAUGUGAUGUUUUCCUUUCACUCUGCAUUAGAAACAAGCAAUGUUUAUAUUUAAUUACAAUACUUAUUAAAACUUAUUGCACGCUUUCGCUAGCAACGCAAUUUUCAUAUCGGAAAAUGCGUAUUACAUCAUAUAUGUAGCGUUACUAAACGCAAUUAUUCGGCGCUACAUUAUGGUGUUUACGCGUUUUCUCGCAUGUCGAUACUCUCUCUCAAGAGAGUAUAUUAAAAAAGGCAAUGUUUUUAAUAAUUUGAUAAAUCUCACGCCAUGUCAAGAGGUGCCUUUAUUUAUAAUAAUUAAUUAUAAGUAUGUGCGGGUAUUGUUUACAUAUUCAUCUGAAAAUUGCGUUGCCUUAAAGAGUUGUCGAUCAAAACUAAUUGAAGUUUACAUAAUUCCACUUAAUAAUCUCCUUAUUUAAUUUGACUAUGAGAAAAUUGAAUAAACUGGUUUUGUAUCGAUCGAUUUAAUACAAAAAGAAAUAAAUAUUAAUGAUUAUAUUGAACGAAAA